UAAAAACAGUAGAAGUGACGUCAAGGCCGACGGAUAAUAAGAAAAAUAACAACAACAAAGAUCCUGUGAUGAGUCGGAGUCAUAAAAACCAGCAGUUAUUAAUCUUACAAUGUUUGUCAGUCAGAAUAGGCGGUAAAGUGAUUUCAAUCACCGAGGAAUCCAAUGUUAGCUAGCCAGCCAGCUUCACUUCCGCCAUGAAUUUAAGAGGACUAUUUCAGGACUUCAAUCCGAGUAAAUUCCUGAUCUACUCCUGCCUGCUGCUUUUCUCCGUGUUGCUGUCCUUGAGGCUGGAUGGCGUCAUCCAGUGGAGCUACUGGGCCGUGUUUACACCAAUAUGGCUGUGGAAGCUGCUGGUGAUCAUCGGAGCCUCUGUAGGCACUGGAGUGUGGGCCCACAACCCUCAGUACAGGGCUGAAGGGGAGACAUGUGUGGAGUUCAAGGCCAUGCUAAUAGCGGUGGGGCUCCACGUCCUGCUGCUGAUGUUUGAAGUGUUGGUGUGUGAUCGCAUAGCCAGAGGAAACUAUUUCUGGUUGCUGGUCUUCAUGCCGCUCUUCUUCGUGUCGCCGGUGUCCGUGGCCGCGUGUGUCUGGGGUUUUAGACACGAUCGCUCCCUUGAGCUGGAGGUGUUGUGUUCUGUGAAUAUCCUGCAGUUCAUCUUCAUCGCUCUUCGGUUGGACAACAUCAUCAACUGGCCGUGGCUGGUUGUGUGCGUCCCCCUGUGGAUCCUGAUGUCCUUCCUGUGCCUUGUCGUCCUCUACUACAUCAUCUGGUCGGUCCUCUUCCUCCGCUCCAUUGACAUCAUCGCAGAGCAGCGGCGGACUCACAUCACCAUGGCGAUCAGCUGGAUGACCAUCGUCGUGCCACUUCUCACAUUUGAGAUUCUUCUCGUGCACAAGCUGGAUAAACAUAACAGUCUGAGCUAUGUGUGUGUGUUCGUUCCUCUGUGGCUUUCUCUGCUCACCCUUAUGGCCACCACCUUCGGUCAAAAAGGAGGAAACCACUGGUGGUUCGGCAUCCGCAAAGACUUCUGCCACUUUCUGCUGGAGUUGCUUCCCUUCCUGAGAGAGUACGGCAACGUCUCCUAUGAUCUCCAGCGCAGCGAAGACCCCGAGGCGCCCGAGGAUCUGCCAGUACCCGAACCCCCACCAAAGAUAGCCCCCAUGUUCCACAAGAAGACCGGCGUGGUGAUCACGCAGAGCCCCGGGAAAUACUUUGUCCCGCCACCCAAACUGUGCAUCGACCUGCCCGACUAACAGGCAGGCGGUGAGGCGGCUGCCGGACGGAUAAUUUAGACUUCCAAUGCCAAAACAGUAGAAAAACUGUUUGUUUUUUUUAAACAUGCUGUCUGGAAGGACUCACUUUGCUCCCCUGCACUGACCUGCAAGAGUAAAGCUUCAGAUUCCUCACCUCGACGUCUCUAGCUGUUCUGAAACUCUUCCUGAAAUUGUUAUAAAGCAGAUUUGACUUCACCACUCGGUGAAGUGGCACUGUGUUCCUCACUCACAUUUUUGAUCUUUUCUGAAGAUGUACUCAAAGACCACUGAAAUAUCUCCAGUAAUUCUCUUCAACGCAAGUACAGCAGGCAUGACCCAAAUCUCAGCCUUUGUGACGGGGGACCAUUGGAGAGGAAGACUCCGCUUUGGUCGUGGGAUCAAUUUCCUGUUAUUUGUGAUGUCACUUUUGGUCCUGCAGGCAGAAAAACCAUGGUUCAAGUUAAAGGGAAGACUGUUAGUUAUUUUUAUUAAGAGAUGGCUGUUAUUGCGUUCAUUAUAAAAGCUCAGUUUCUACAGAAAGAAAGUCUUCAAAAAGUACUUUUUAGUCCAUUUUCCUCCACGCGUUUUUGGACAAUUCUUUAUUUGCAGAUUUGCACUGAAAGAAAGUAAAAAACAAAGAAGCGUGUUGAUGCUUCAGAGAUGCUUAGAACUGGAAAUGUCCACCUAAUUAGACUAAAUUAGUCUGCUGAAGUCUCAAGGAGCGGGGGAAUUUCUUCACAUUCCCUUAUAUUCAAUUACAACCGGGCUUUAAGGAAUUCUUUGCAGGACCUGUGGGAAAAAGGAAGUCUUUGAAACCUUGCUCCAAAAGGAAAAGACAGUUGGAAACGGCACUUUGUUCACCUGUUCCAAGACGAGCACUGUUGGACCUCAGCGAUUUCUUUUUUUUUCUUUUUUGUAUUCCUUUCUUUUUUUUCAGUUUGUCAGGUUUGGGACCAGAAGGUUCUGUUUCCAUUCAAUCUAAAGUAGCAUCAUGCGAGUCAUUCAAGAUCUGCUUCCUUUACAUCCUCUUUUUUUUAAGCUCUGGAGGAACAAUAUCCAUGUGUUCAAACGCUAGAAAAACACAUUUUUUAAUGUAUACAUAUCAGCCUGACAGAAUGUUUCCUCAAACCUUUCUUAUUGUGUUUGGACGCAUUAAAACUGAGCGGAAGUGUGGAUCCA